CAGUAGUAAUUAAGACAUACUGGAUAUUCCAGAUAUGAUAACAAAAGCAACUGUUGACCAGGAAAAGAAAAAUAUAAAUAUUGUAUUGUUCGAUUUAAAAACAACCUGUUUAGGGAAAAAAGCAGAGAUAAUACAGCUGGCCGCAAGGAGUGAUGUCACAUCAUCCAGUCGCUACUUUCUACCGGAUGGCGACAUUGACCCUAAAGCAUCGAACGUCAUUUCGUUGACGGUCAAACGGGACAGAAAUGGAAAUCGUUAUUUGUGCAAAAAUGGUCAAGAUAUGGAAGCUGGAAAUAUUAACGAUGGUAAAUUGUGUACGGGAAUAUCCAGCAUAACUCCAUACAUGGCAAAUAAAAUUGCAAACAGUGGUCUGUCAUACGAACACAUGCAGUUAGCGCACAACAGAAAUCCCGAGUGCGAGAUUACCGAGGGUGGAGAAUUCACCCACCUCAAACUUGGCAGCAAUCGACAGAGCUAUAAUGGUGCAAAGACGCUAUGUAAAGCUGGUGGCUAUGGGGAUCUGGCCAUCAUUGACACAGAGGCAGAGUAUGAUAGAAUGAGGGAUUAUUUCAACGUCACUUAG